AUGGAGCCCUGCAAAGUGCUCACCGUCUUCGGCAUCACCGGCUCCCAGGGUGGCAGCGUUGCUAGAUCUCUGCUCAAAAACAAAGUCAACCGUUUCGUGCUUCGUGGUAUUACCCGCAAUCUAAAUUCUGACCAGACUAAAGCUCUCUCUGCCGAAGGAGUUGAUAUGGUGCAAGCCGAUGGCCUCAUACCAGAGCAGAUGGCCCAGGCACUGGAAGGGAGCUGGGGAGUAUUUGUCAAUCUCCCUUCAGAUGACCCCACGGAUGUUGGGAUGGCUGUUGUAGAUGCCGCAGUCAAGGCUGGUGUCCAGCAUUUUGUCUUUAGUGGAAUGGUAUCUGCUAUCAAAAUUACCAACGUAGCCGUGCCAAAUCCCUCAUUUGAUGAAAAGCAUUCUAUUGCCGAUUAUGCGAAAGGAAAGAACUUCAAGUCCGUCGUUGUGGUCAGCCCCGGCUGGUACAUGGAAAACCAUCUAGUUCAGGAGGCGCCCGGCCUAUUCGGCGGCUUCCCGUUCCUAACUGAUGAAGAAGGCUAUGUAACUUUGCGUUUCCCUCGCUGGGGAGGCAACGAAGAGAUGCCCUUCGUUUCUAUCGAGCAUGAUUACGGUGAUAUUGUCAAUGGCGUCUUCCAGGAGCCAGAGAAGUGCCACGGGCAACUUAUCCAAGGCAUCAGCGAAUCGGCCCCUGCGUCCCGAAUGGCAGAGGCGUUUGAGACAGCAACCGGCAGGAGAUGCCGCUUCAUACCGGAUGACGAUUGGGAGUCAUUUGACACCCGUGGUCAGCGGGCUUUGGAGGGAGUCAAGUAUACUUUCGGAUUCUGUCAGUAUUCUGGAGGCUUGUAUUACGGCAAGCCGAACGAUCUGGCGAUGGCUCGCAUGCUGAAGAGAGUUGCGAAGAAAGUACAGGGGGAAUCUGGAGGCGAGCUAAUGAUCCUGAAGCGCUUUUUUUCACUUCACUUUGUACCCUCAGAGUCAAGGGUAUAG